AUGUUUAGUUUCGAUGUUCCUGAAUUUAAAUCGAAAAAUAUCACUGAAAUACCUUUAGAACCAUGCACAGACAAUCAAUUGUAUUACUGGAGUCCAAAUUACAAACUAAUUGACAUAAUUUCUCUUCAUGGCUAUAAAAUCGACCAAUACAAGUCAAUGAGAUAUCUACAACAAGUCAAAGUUUCAAUUAACGAUAUUUAUUUCUCUUACAAACUAUUUGAUAUCAAAUUUUGCAGAGGACCUAAAUACAAUCCAUAUGAUGUUGAUUCUGUUUAUACAUAUACACCAGAACCAGAAGAACUUGUAUUAUCUCCUUCCCUUAUUAUUAAAUGA